AGUCAAGAGUUCUGCUGUCUCCAGAAUGGCAAAAAACCGAAAACAUUUGAUCUUUCAAUCGAUGAUUUGUUUGUAGGUUCCCACAUAAACCUCACAGAAAUUCUUUACAAAGUUCACUUCAUAUGCAAAGCUCUGUCAUGAGAGUCCUCAGAACUAUCUUCACCACUAAGCACCACCUGCUUUACCCCGUCAACAUCAAACGUCUUUCAGCUCCCUCUCUCAUUUCUUUUUGUUCCUUUCCAAAUUCUCGAUUUUCUCGUUAUUCUCAUUACGCAAGCAGUCACCAGAUAGAUUCGAGCUUUGGCAUUGAUACUCCAGAAGAGCCGAAGACCAGUUUAAAAACUCAUUCCGAAGAAAGAAGAACUUGGUCGCGACAUGGUCAUUUGUUUAAAGCCUCUAGCGAAGGGCAGAAGAAUCAGGUGGACUCUGGGGAUAAAGUUGAAAACUUUGGUAGCCAAAGGGCAAAUGGGAGCGCGAACGAGGCGAGCUCAGUUCAAGGUACCGAACAGGAUGGAGGUAUUCGAAGGAGAGUUGGGAUCAAGAAAAAGGAAAGAGGAAAAACCCAAUGGGUUUGCUCCAAUUGCGGGUAUACGACUGGUCAAUGGUUCGGAUUUUGCCGCUCCUGUAAUAGUGCUUCCACGAUGAAAGAGUUUCGUGAACCGAAACUCAGUGGUUCUGGUAAGGUUAGUGGAUUUUCAGUUUCAGAAAGUGUAAUGGGGUCGUGGCUCCCUCAUCAGGCAGGUGAAUUGCGUCCUUUGAAAUUGACGGAUGUGAACCGUCGAGUUAAUCAUCAAGAGUGGAGAUUUCCUUUCUCUGGUCCUUUUGGAAAUGAAGUUGCAAGAGUGCUUGGAGGCGGUCUUGUACCAGGCUCUUUGAUUUUAGUUGGUGGUGAUCCUGGUGUUGGGAAGAGUACUCUUCUGUUGCAGAUUGCUGCAAUGAUAGCAGAAGGGUGCAACAGUGAUGAAGCAGCUCCAGUUGUAUAUGUAUCUGGUGAAGAGAGUAUUGAGCAAAUUGGUCACAGAGCAGAUCGUCUUGGGAUUGAAUCGGAAAUAUAUUUAUACUCAAGUACUGAUAUUGAGGACAUAUUGGAGAAAACUCAGCAUCUCUCUGCUCGAGCUGUAGUGGUUGAUUCAGUACAAACUGUCUAUUUGAAAGGAAUAAUUGGAAGUGCUGGAGGGAUUUCACAGGUGAAGGAAUGUACUUCAGCAUUGCUGCGAUAUGCCAAGCAGACUAACACUGCAGUUUUUUUGAUUGGGCAUGUAACAAAAUCUGGAGAUAUAGCAGGACCUCGUGUUUUGGAGCACAUUGUCGAUGUUGUUUUAUAUAUGGAAGGUGAGAAGUACUCUUCCCAUCGUAUGCUUCGAGUGGUGAAAAAUCGAUUUGGAUCUGCUGAUGAGCUUGGAGUCUUUGAGAUGUUACAAUCAGGUCUCCGGGCUGUUUCAAAUGCCAGUGAAAUAUUUUUAAGUGACCAAUACUUAGAUUCAGAUUUUUUAGCGGGGUUAGCUAUUGCUGUCGUAAUGGAUGGGUCUCGAGCUUUCCUUAUUGAAAUUCAGGCACUUUGUGUUUCUGGCUCAACAGUCUCAAGGCAUGUUAAUGGCAUUCAACAAAGUAGAGCUGAUAUGAUCAUAUCCGUACUUAUAAAGCAAGCUGGACUUCGACUUCAAGAAAAUGCUGUGUUUUUAAAUGUUGUUAGCGGAUUUCAGCUGACUGAGACUGCUGGAGAUCUGGCAAUAGCGGCUGCAAUUUGCAGCAGUUUCUUGGAAUUCCCUCUUCCCAGGGACAUAGCAUUCAUUGGUGAAAUUGGCCUUGCUGGGGAGCUCCGCACGGUUCCUGGAUUGGAUAAAAGGGUCAACACUCUGGCGAAAUUGGGUUACAGAAUGUGUGUUGUACCGAAAGAAGCAGUAAAAAUUUUAGGAACGGAUGGUUUUGGGAAGAUGAAAAUUGUAGGUUGCAAGAAUCUGAAGGAGGUUAUUAACACUGUUUUUAAAGAACAAGAAUGAAAUGAAAUUGGUAGCUGGGAAAGUUGAUUGCUUUUUGAAGAUUUCUUGUAUUGUCCUUUAGAAUUUCUAAGAAAAUGGAUGUAAAUACAUCAUUAUUUCUGUAUAAUGCACCAAAUAUAGAUAACGUACCACGAUGGUGAUACUAUAUGUGAUUUUCUCCAUUUCAUUUCCAGAGCAGGUGAAUUGCUUAUGAUGAU